AACCACCGCGACGACCCCCAGCGCGGAGGGGGGGGGGGCGGCUCCCACGCGUGCGCGGUGCUGGGCGGCGGGGAUCGGCCGAGCCGGGAACGGCCCCGCUGCGGCCCCGGCCCCGGCCCCGGUCGGCGGCGCGGCUCCUCCCGGCCGCUCCUCCCCGGCCUUCCCGCAGCUGGUCCGCAUGGAGAAGGGCCCGCGGAACGGGAACGCCAUCGCCUUCAGCGCGUCCAAGGGGGAGGCCUUCGCGCCCACCAGCAACUACAAGGCCUGGCGCAAGAGGCUGAGGGGGAACUGGAGGAUCCUGAGCUUAAAAGAUGAGAUCACAUCUGAGAAGCUGUUCGGGGUGAGGCUGUGGAUAACGGCUGGUCCAAGAGAAAAGUUCAGUGCUGCUGAGUUUUUGGUUCUGAAGAAAUUCCUGGAGGAUGGUGGAGCCAUCCUGGUGAUGCUGAGAGAAGGCGGGGAGUCCCGAUCUGGCACAAAUAUUAACUUUUUGUUAGAAGAAUAUGGAAUCGUUUUCAAUAAUGAUGCUGUUGUAAGAAAUGUAUAUUACAAGUACCACCACCCGAAAGAAGCUCUGAUCUCUGAUGGAGUUUUGAAUAGGGGAAUCAGUGAAGCUGCAGGAAAAACAGCACUUGAGACAACAGAUGAAGAUGGAAGCAUACGCAACUUGCAAGGUCUCACUUUUGUGUAUCCAUUUGGUGCCACGUUGAAUGUGAUGAAACCAGCGGUGGCUAUUUUGUCAACAGGGUCUGUCUGCUUCCCACUCAACAGGCCUAUUCUUGCUUUCUAUCAACAUGAGUUUGCGGAAGUUGUAGACAAAAAGGUAGAAGAUGAAGCCAGAGACAGGGGUUCUCUUUCAGGCAGAGCAGAGAAACUUGUCAGAAGGAAAACAAAAUCUCUUGGAGCAAAGAAGAGAUACAGUAAAGAACAGCAACAGAAAGUGAAGGAGUGGAAAAGUAAAGGUGGAAGGAUGGCAGCACUGGGAUCUUGCCACAUGUUCAGUGAUCAAUAUUUAGAUAAAGAAGAAAACGGUAAGAUCAUGGAUGUGCUUUUCCAGUGGCUUACAACAUCAGAUGUCCAUUUAAACCAGAUGGAUAUGGAGGACCCUGAGAUUUCAGACUAUACCAUGCUCCCAGAUGCAGCUGCGCUGUCUGAACAACUGCGAGUCUGUCUGCAAGAAGGAGAUGAGAACCCAAGAGACUUCACAAAGCUGUUUGAUAAAUCCCUUUAUCAGCUGGAUACAACUGCCCUCCCUGCAGUUAUCAAAGCUUAUGAACAGCUGAAUGUGAAACAUGAACCUCUCCAACUUAUACAACCUCUAUUUGAGACUCCGCUACCUGCCCUCCAGCCAGCUGUUUUUCCACCUGCUUUCAGAGAGUUGCCUCCUCCCCCUCUGGAGCUGUUUGACUUGGAUGAAACCUUUUCAUCUGAGAAAACUCGUCUUGCAGAGAUUACAAACAAAUGUACUGAUGACGACCUGGAGUUUUAUAUACGGAAAUGUGGCGAUAUCCUAGGAGUAAUAAGUAAACUCCCAAAGGAGAAGCAGGAUGCCAAAAAUAUACUGGAGUACAUCUUCUUCCAAGUGGUUGAGUUCAAGAAACUGAAUCAGGAACACGAUACUGACACAAGUGAAGCUGGAUUCCAGAAUGGGAACUGAGACCUGGCUUUCCUCAGAUUGAGAUGGAUCUAGUACAGACGUUCUUAUCACCUUUCUUCAACCUCUGUGUUCGGUGCAGUGAUUGGACUGUCUCGGUAGUUCACUGAAUGUUUGGAUCAGUUCUGUGUGGUAGUUUGGACAACUAAUGCCUUUUGAGGAGGUGUUUGUAUUUUACAAGCACUUUCCAAAUAAUUAUUUGUUUUUCUACUUUUUUAUUGAAACUAUAAUUUUGUAAUAUAUAUAUAUAUAUAUAUAAAUCUUGUUCUAAGAACAUA